UAUUGUCACUUUUUUGUGGCAACAAAAUACAAAACGCGGUGUAAAAAAUAAAAAAACAGUUACCGGAGUUUGUUUUAUCCAACAUAUUUUUUAAGUUGAAAUCAAUUUAUAAAAUAGUUUUGCAAUUUUUUAAACGUUCAAAAGAAAUAAUAAUACAAACAAAAAAACACACUCGAAAUGGGAAAUAAAGUGGUUACAUUUACUGAACAGCAACUAGAUGAUUAUCAGGAUUGUACUUUUUUUACCCGCAAAGAAAUCUUACGUGUCCACAAAAGAUUUCGUGAGUUACGUCCUGAUUUGGUACCACGCCAAAUGACCGAGGGUCAGGCAUCUAGUGUCAAGGUUCCUAAAGACUGCAUAGAAAAAAUGCCGGAAUUAAGGGAAAAUCCAUUUCGACGUCGUAUUUGCGAAGCAUUUUCUCGUGAUGGCCAAGGAAAUUUAUCAUUUGAAGACUUUCUAGAUGCCUUUUCAGUUUUCAGCGAACAAGCACCAAGAGAUAUAAAAGUGUGCUAUGCAUUUAAGAUCUAUGAUUUCGAUCAAGAUGGUUUUAUAGGUCGUGCUGACCUUUUAUCGUGUUUAACCACUAUGACCAAAAAUGAAUUAAGCCCUGAGGAGCAUCAACAAAUAGCCGAUAAAGUUAUGGAGGAAGCCGAUGUUGAUGGUGAUGGCAAACUAUCCUUUCUUGAAUUUGAGCAUGUUAUUUUAAGAGCACCCGAUUUUCUUUCAACAUUCCAUAUACGAAUAUAAAAAGAAUUGAAGCACAAAGUUACAGAUACACAUACACACAAACAACUACACUUAAUACAUAUGACAACAUAUUAUGGUAAGAACCAUCGUCCAGUUGAGUUCUGUCCAUAUUCCAUAUAUGUACAUUGUACAUACGUACAUACAUUUGUACAAGCGUAUGAAUGUACAAGAAGUUUUGUAUGUGUUAGUUUGUACUAUUUGCAGCAUGUAAAAGUAUCAUCGAAAUAAAUAAAAUCAA